AUGCUUACAAAUUACUAUUCAAUAUGUCAAUCAACAAUUAUUCUCUCUCGAUCAGAUAUUUUUAAAUUGCAUCGUCGACAAUUAUUUGUACGUUAUAAACGUUUUGAUGAACAUCUACAACCAGUAAAAAGAAAUUUCAUGACAUAUAAUAAUGAUAAAUUGAUUCUUUCUAAUACAAUUACUAAUGCAUCAUUAAUAUUCAAUAAUCAACAAUAUACAACAAAUAGAUUAAAGAAAGCCUUAAUCAUAUUUAUAUCAUUUUGUAAUCGUCCAUCACGAAUUCAUAAACAGAUUUCUAUUGAAUAUCUUAAUUCAAAUGAAAUGAUUAAUUAUUUAGAAGAAUCAACAUCAAUUAAUACUCAAUCACAACGAUCAAUUAAUUCAUUGACUUCAUUAAAAUAUUCUAAUAUUUAA